AGCGAAAACGUUCUACCUCCAUGAUUUACAUAAUAUUAAAUUUGACAUGUAACCUCGAAGAAAAUUAAUCUUGAUUAACGUUAAUUAUAUAUAUAACACGCUCUCCCGAUCUAUCUCACUCCAUCUUCUCUAUAAAUAGCAAGUGAUUGAUGGUUGAUCAGCAACUAAUCCGGUUCACUUUGGAUCGAGCCCGAGUUAAGCCUGAACCCAUGGGAAGCGUCCAGUUGGUGGAUUGGCCCGAGCCGGUCGUCCGCGUGCAGACCCUGUCUGAGAAUGGUCUCGCCACCAUCCCCGCCCACUACAUCAAGCCGCACGCCGACCGUCCCUCUCUCUCGGCCGGCCUCGACGGCGCCGCCUCCAUCCCAGUGGUCGACCUGGAAGACAGCGACGGCGGCGGCGCGGCCGCGGUGGCGGAGGCCUGCCGCGAGUGGGGAUUCUUCCAGGUGGUGAACCACGGCGUGGACCGCGGCCUGGUGGAGCGGGCGGUCGAGGUGUGGCGAGCCUUCUUCCGCUUGCCGUUGGAGGAGAAGCAGGCCUACGCGAAUUCCCCGGCGACGUACGAGGGCUACGGCAGCCGCCUCGGCAUCGACAAGGGCGCCAUAUUGGAUUGGGGGGACUACUUCUUCUUGCAUUUGCUGCCGGAGAAGCUCAAGAGCCCUGAGAAGUGGCCGGCGAUGCCAACUCAUUGCAGACAAACUGUACAAGAAUACGGAGACGAGCUGCUCAAGCUGUGCAAAAGACUAAUGAAGCUCCUGUCCAUAAGCUCGGGCUUGGAUGUCGACCGGCUGCCGGAGGCCUUCGGUGGCGACGACGUCGGCGCAACCCUUAGGGUCAACUACUACCCAAAGUGCCCGCAGCCGGAGCUGGCGCUCGGCCUGUCGGCGCACUCCGACCCAGGUGGGAUCACCGUUCUCCUCGCUGACGACGCCGUGAAGGGGCUUCAGGUACGGAAGGGCGAUCGGUGGGUGACGGUGCAGCCGGUGCCCUGCGCAUUCAUCGUCAACGUCGGCGAUCAGAUUCAGAUUUUGACGAAUGCAAUAUACAAGAGCGUGGAGCAUCGGGUGGUGGUGAACGCAGAAAAAGAGCGCUUGUCGCUGGCUUUCUUUUACAACCCCAAGAGCGACAUGGCGAUGGGGCCAGUGGCGGAGCUGGUGACGGCUGAUAGGCCGGCGAUGUAUCCGGCGAUGACCUUUGAUGAAUACCGUUUGUUCAUAAGGAGCAAAGGGCCGAAGGGCAAAUCCCAAGUCAAGUCGCACCAGAAAUACGACUCGUUACGACCGACCAUGCAGCCUCCAUGCAUUCGUGCAUGAACUAUGUAUGAAAUUUGGCCUGGGACGGAUUCACGGGGUGUUGAGGAUAAAUGUAUUCAUCUUUUGUCACAAUGAAUUAUAUAUAAAAUCAGGAGCUUUGGGACAAGUAUAUUUAUCUUUUGUUACCAUGAACUAUAUAUAAAAUCGAC